AUGGAAUCGACGUCUUCUGAUAAGAAUGUCCACUCCGUAAAAUCAGAUCCGAAAUUUGUCAGUGACGGGUCGGCGAUCACCAGUCAUGGUGUUCUUUCAAGUUCGUCCACCUUAGUGGAUACCAGGUCGCUCAUUUCAGGUUCUAGGCCAGCCAACGUGCCGUUGGUGGUAUCUGGUCAGGGCUCGAACCCUGCUCUGGCCUCGAAUGGACAGCCUCAGGCAAUAAUCCUGAAUCACUUUGGUCAGCCCUUAGGAAUUGGAUCUCAGCAGACCGUUUUCGCGGUUCCGUUCACGCCAACUUCACAGCCGCCUUCGAGUGAAUCCAUCGGUGGUGCCAGUGGUGCUGGCAGUUCCAAGCCGCUUGCGCAGCAACCGCCGUCAACACCAAUCCACCAGCCACCGUUGGUCAUGGCCUACCGGGCACCGUCCGUCCAGCAUCCGGUCGCAUCGCAGUUGUCAAACUUCAAUGUCUCGAACACCACCCAUCAGCUGCCGUUGUUUCCGAACGUAGGCUCGAACGCGACCUCCGCUUUAGCGGCUGUGUCCGCGUUCAAUGCACCAAUCUUACUGCCCACCGGUCAGAUGGUCUUUCGAACUCCUCACGGUCAGUUGAUCGGAUUUCAGGUGCCCGCGCUUAACAGGAACGGGAUCUGCACAGACCCUUCUACCGCAGCUGCCGCCGGUGUAACGGCUAGCCAUUUCUCGGCGAAAUUCCCCCUUCCAAAGACGUAUUCAAAUUCCGUUCCGCUAGCCAGUCAUUCAGCACAGCAUUCGACGACCUUGAACCAUGGCGUUUCUAAACAUUCUGUGUCUUCUGGCAAAUCUCACGCCCACGCGGAUCCUCGGGACACAGCAGAGGCAAAAGCCGUCGCUGCGGCCAUCGUUGCAGCUACCGCAGCGAAAGCCGCUACUAUAAGCAGCACGAAGGUGUCAUCGACCAAAGAUGUGAAAUCAGACAGUGCAGCUCCCGAGAAGACAGUCGACAAGAUGUCGAAGCAGCGUAGCUGCGACGCGAGCAGUGUCGUUCCAGAAGCCGUCUUAAAUGGCACCAUGGGCGUAGAGACGACGGAACUAGAAAAACGUACUCAACCUCAGCCGUCACGGCCAGUGACUCCUCCACGAGGUUCCCCUCUAAGCCCGUUUCUUUCUCCAAAGGAACUGAUCGACGAAGGUUCACAGAAGUUCACCGUUACGGUCGACAGUGAUAUUCACGCAAUGUUUCUACAGCAGCUGGAGGAGUACGCCAAAUCCGCCAAACCUCAGGUGCAGGAGGUUCAGAUGUGGUUGUCGUCCUUGGGGCCAGGCGUUGCCCAGUACUGCAACACAUUUCAGCAGCAGGAAAUAGAUGGUCAAGCUUUAUUGUUGUUGCAUGAAGAUCACUUGGUAAGGACAAUGGGAUUGAAGCUAGGGCCAGCGGUCAAAGUCUGUGCCGCUCUGAAAAUUUUGCGUGGAUAA